UACAGUAAAACUUAAUUCAAAUGGAGAUUAUUACAUGUUUGAAAAAUAGAUAGGUGUAUGUUACAAACAGAUUUCAAUGGAAGAUAUUAUUUGUUUAAUAUAUAUGCAUAAUGGUUGUCAUAACAUGGAAUUUUCGUUAUCGAGUUUUUUUUCGAAAGCUACGAGACCACAUACAAUGGCAGUUUUCACAAACAUUGUUGACACUCCGCUCUUUAACCUACAACGAACACAUGAGUCAAAACUAUGCCAUUGAUAUCUUACUGGAACCAAUAUUUUGGAUUGUUGACAACUUUGCUAAGUACCUAGGAAAGGUGUUUGUCUUCUGUGUUAGUGUUCUAACAACAGCUGUAGUGAUAAUAGCAUAUUGGGUCGGCUUGCCAUACUGGUGGGAGCGGAGUCCAAAAACUACAAUAUUCUUAAUUAUAUUCGGAAACUGGCUUCUCCUGAACAUAAUUUUUCAUUACUACAUGGGUAUAGUAACAUCACCCGGGAACCCACCUCAUGGUGCAAUGAUAACAGAAGCUGCAAGUAUUUGCAAGAAGUGUAUAUCGCCAAAACCUCCUAGGACACACCAUUGUUCAGUCUGUGAUAAAUGUAUACUUAAUAUGGACCACCACUGUCCAUGGCUAAACAAUUGUGUAGGAUACUACAACGCUCGGUACUUCUACCUAUACAUGGUUUACAUGGUUGCUGGAGUUACAUUUGUAAUAGUUGCUGGUAUUGACCUUGGCUAUCAAGUGCUUUGGGUGAACGAUACAGGAGGAAUCAUUCCAAACAAUGAUCCAGAUCUCAUCGGCCAUCCAUUACGGAUGAACCAAUCGGGAAUAUUAGUACCAGUGAAGGUUAUAGAUGAGUAUGACUCAGAACAUUUUCCUCGUGAACAUGAUUUGACUGUUCCUCCGUUCACUGAGGCCCAGCGUAUUACAGCACAUCCGUGGAAACGAAAAGCUGUUUUGUUCAUGGCUAUUAUAUGCGUUUCUGUAUUGUUUGCUCUGGGAACGCUGACUGUUUCCCAUGGAAGGAAUAUAUCGCGCGGGGAAACAAGCAUUGAAUCACAUAUUAACAUGCGAAUAAGGAAAAGUCAGCCUAAUUUCAAGAAUCCGUAUGAUUUUGGCAGGAAAAAGAACUGGCGGUUGUUUCUUGGACUGAUACAAGGACGAACGUUUUUGAGGCACGUGCUAUUACCAUCUAGUCAUAAACCAGCUGGAACUGGUCUCUCAUGGCAUUCUGUACAUAACACUAUUGAAGAUUGGCCUUGAAAUAGUUUAUCAAAAUUUCUUAACACACAUAGACACCUAAGUGGAAACAAUUGAAAGCCAAUAACAGGCACUGAUUUAUUUUAAUAUUACAUAAUUUAUAUUAAGUUAAUAUAUUGAAUAAUUAAUACAUUGUGUAAUACAAAAUGUUAAUUUGAUAAUCACUCACCUCAAGAUUAAGAUGUACUAUAAUAUUAUGAUAGUUCUAACGUAGUGUUGUGACAUUAAAUAGAAUAAUUAUUUAGAGUUAGAUUAGGAAUAAACUUAGUUAUAGAUUAAGAGAAGAAGCUAGUCCAAUUUUUUAAAAAAAUGUCUGUACUUAGUUUUGGUUAAACUAUGAUAUAUUGUUGAAUUUGUUAGUGAGAUGUACUUGUAUUAUACUCAUAUACUUAAAAUUAUAUUUUAUCGUUUAUUUAACAUAUAUUUGUUAUGCCACGAUUUAUGCUAUUGGCAGAUUUAAAUAGUUUCCAUACAUUUCCUUGUUUAACUUUGAGCUAGACAAACUACAAACAGAUACAUUUACACUUGGCCGAAGUUGUAAACAUUUACUUCUAAUGCAGACUUUCUGUACAUAAAAUUUGCAAAUAGAAAUCAAAUAGCAGUAAAAAUAUUUAUAUAAGGCAUAGUAAAUGCUAUAGAAGCUCACUACAAAUCAGAUGAGUUACAUUCCAAUGAAAGACAUUUAAAUUCAAUGAGAUGAAAAUUAUGGAUCCACCCUGUAGUCAAAGGCAGACGAUAUCUCAAUAUUGGUUUUAUUUUAAAAAUACAUUGGCAGUAAGAAAAAGAAAUAAUGCAUUAAAAAAAUACAAAAGAAAUUUUCGGUGUCGAUUUAAGUAUAUUGCUUGUUGAUGCUAUUAUUUAAAAGGAAAGUUUCCUACAAUUCCUUAAACUAUAUGAUGUGUUUUAUUUACUUGUCCCAUGAGUAUCUUGCAAAUUAUACAGUGCUGCUAUAACACUCAAUCGUACAAGAAAAAAAUAAACAAUACCUACAGUUUAAAAAUUAGUUUUAUUGGCUUGUUCGAAGCAGACAAUGUCACUUAAUAAUAUGUGU